CGGAACCUUUAGGAGACGUGAGCGAUUAGUUGGCCUGGCGCGUUGCAUGAUAGGAAAGCGGGAUGUUCAAAUCUGGUUCCGCUGUAACUGGCGCCUGGUAAACAUGGAGGAGCGAGUCAGUGCCGUGAACACUCCGGCUAACGUGCCCAUGACACGGAGGAAGAGCUAUGGACGCAGCUGUAUGGAGAACCCGUCUCUGUUCUGGCAAACGCCGGGCCAUUUAACAACACUCGGCCACAGGGUCCCCACCAGCAGAGGAGCUGCAAGAUCCUGCAAUGUUAUAAGUAAAGUGGACCCAGAGCAAAUAGCGCUUCUGAUGAAGCACGAGUGGAAGCUGGCGUACGUCACGCCGCUGUACAGGUUCCAACACGCACGGCUGAAAUCGUACUCCAAACACCUCACAGCUUUCAUCGUAGCCGAGAGGCAGCAGGGGGUCGCCAUCGAGGUCGGAACGGAGGCAGGGAUUAAGGUCACAGUCUCCACCCUCCAAGGCAUCGCAGAAAACGAGGACGACGCGGAAACCGUUUUUAUUCAGAUACACUCUAAACCCAUGUUCGGCGCAGACGCUUUGAAACCGGUGUGGCGCGGCUGGUUGACCUGCGUGAACGGAGAUCACGAGUACAUAAAGUCGCUGCCCCCGGAUUUUGUCAGCCUUCCCCUGUUCUGCAGCAGCGGCUCCGAGCCCCUCACGGCUCUGGUCAAGUCCUGGUUCGAACGCACCUUUGACUGUAACUUCGGCCCUCUGUUUCUGAACUCCACCACUCUGAACUGGCUGGCUGCCCUGUGGACCGGCUGCCACCCCGACAGCAAUAUCAGGUUCCUGAAGCUGAGCUGGACCAUGCCCACGCAGCCCUCGCUGGACAUCAUGUACACCGUGAACCCGCAGGACGCCUGGGAGCUGUGGAACAGCAUUCACAGCGAGGACGGUGCAGACGAUAGGAUCCACAUCGACGAGGUGCAGCAGUUUAUGAAUGGACUCGAGACUCACCUUUUCAGACAUUUUAAGAUCUACCUGUCGGCUGGGACGCUCAUGAAGGUCUCCACUUCCCUCGGUUCAGCUCAUCACGACGGCAAGAUCAAGCUUGUCAUAUUACAAAGAAGCCACAAAGCCCACUGUCCCGGACCCCGACACUGAAGACUCCAUCCAUGAACGUUAAAUAACUGUCUCUUUGCACGAAGCUUCAGCACAUCAAUUAUUCUAAUGUUUGUUUGUUUUUUUUUAAUAAUGAGACUUGCUUCAAAUGAACUCACAGUAGUGAAAGCUACUUUUAUACUGGGUGGCACAGGGACAUUUUGCUGCUGGAAGUUGACCCAUUGCGAUCGUGUUUAAAACUCCUUUUAAACUUUUGAGAUCCUGAUCCGUGUUGGCAUGAGUGCGUUUCAUGACUGCUGCAGAUUUGUCUGCAGAACAUCCAUAUUGGAAAACUACACGCUCUAUUAGCGACUCGGCCGUAGGGCUGUGACAAGAACCUGCCGAUACGAUACGCAUCACGAUACAGGGGUUGCGAUACGAUGUGUUGUGAUACUGUAAGCAAGCCGAUAUAUUGGGAUGUUUUUUAGCUGUCAUUAAGAAAACACCGCCAUAUGCAAACCGUGGCAAAAAAAAAAAAAAUGUAUUAGUGGUGUGCCCUUAUGCUAGUACAUCCUGUCACUGUUUAAGUUCAGAGAUAAGAAGACAACUGGCAUGAAUUUAUUAAUUUUUUUUAAUAUAGCUGGAGAAUCAAAACUAUA